AAGAGCUACGUACCACGUGAACGCGCCAGCCAGGAAGUGGUCUAUGCGCGCACUCAGUCCAGGUUUGGCCGGACGGUGUUUUCGUUGGAAGUAGGUCUCUCCCUCUCAGACUCCAUGACAGCGGCAGACUGAACGGUUUUCUGUUUGUUGUCAUUCGUUUGAAUUUUGGGAUGGAAGUAGUUUAAAGUUUCCAGAGAUGGGUCCUGGAUAAAGGAAGAACAUUCCAGAAACGCCGUGGACUGCGGGGUUUCGAGGGCACCGAAGCAGCGCAGCGGCCCGCGGCCGUGAAGGAGCUUAGCAGCCGGUAGUAGCAGAAGGAGUCGCCGGCCAUUGUGUGUCAGCAACGGAUUUCUCACCGCGCGGAAGCCCCGCCCCCUACCCCCGGUAGCCUUCCUGAUUCUGUUCUGGGAGAGUUCAGACAAGUAUCAUCGCCAAGAUAGCUGGGCCAGGCAGGAAGAGGCACACCUCAGAUCCAGACCCCAGCAGCGAUAGUGAUUCCGGCGACGGGCGGCCUGUUAGUGCCAAGUGCCUGAAGAUGGCCAGCAGCGGUGGGACCGGCAUGACUGGUACCGAGACAGCGGGCCGUCGCGGUGGGGCUCAGCAGAGAGGAGGCGGCGGCGGCGGCAGGGACGGCUGCUCGGACCUGUCCUCCAGUACCAGUAAGAAAAAGCAGAAGGACAGAGCCAACCAGGAGAGCAGAGAGGCCAAGAGGGCAGCUGCAGCCGCUGCAGCAGUAGAUGGGGUUAUCGCUGAAGUCAAGAAAGAUGUGUUUGUGGACUGGAAGCAGAAUGUUAAUGAAGUAACAGUAAGGCUGCGCUGUGGGGAGGGGGUGCAGAGGAUAGAGGACAUCAACACCACUUUCUCCGAUACACACUGCCACGUGCGCUUCCCUGAUGGACGACAGUGGAGCUGCCAGUUGCAGGAGGAAAUUGAGGCCUCAUGUAGCAGAGUCCAGUACAAGGAGAAGGGAGGUUUCCUGCAUGUCAUCAUGCACAAGAAGAUUCCCUUUCACAUCUGGCCAUCGCUUAAGUCAAACAAGAAGGAGAAGGAAAAGGAGGCAGCACCUACCGAGACCAAAAAUGUCAAGGACCUGGAGAUAAAGCCGGUCGCCUUGGAGUCAUCCGAGACACCCAAACUGUCCACCCCGCAGCCACAACUUCAUCCCUUGCCUCCCUCCUUGCCUGCACACAGCGAAUCAAGACUUGGUGGUGGAAAAGCUGAGCGGGGGGUCAAGCGCUGUAUGAAAAACAAACCAGCGUGCGACAAGGACACUGUGGACACUGUAGGGGUGAAAGGUGGAGCCAGAGAUGGCUCAGCCACCACCAACAAGCCUGUGACCGAGCAGCAGCCUCAGGAACCCAGCGCCAAACGCACCAUCGUACACCAACCCAAGACCACUAAUGAGGCUACAGCAUCUGCUGACAAGGACACACAAUCUGUCAGGUCUGAUGGUAAAGCUUCACACACACACCUGCCCGCUGGUCGGAGCCCACAGACACAACGCAGGGAUGUAAAUAACAGAGCAGAGAGACUCCACAGUGGUCAAGAGCAGGAAGCUGGAGCUGCUGUCGCUGCUCCUGGCCAUACCAGCAACACUCAGGUGGAGGAGAAACAAAACCAGUCGCCAGACAGGUCUGCAGCAACAGCACAUGGCCAUGAAAACCAACCAGCAGCUCCCAUUAGCACCAGUGACUGUCUAAAACCUGUCUGCUUCAACAAUGAAGUGGAACCAGAGAAAAGUCCUGUUCAGCAGGAAGCUGAGCAAGAAACUCCGAUCCGCCAGCAGCUCAGAUCAAGAGAGACGGAAACCGUAUCAACUGUUGGCAUGGCUGCCAAGCCAGGCCUGUCACCUAGUGCUGCCCAGAGGCAGAGCAGCUGUGACGGAGAGGAGAAGAGGGACCAACCAAAGGAGGAGCCCUCUCUGGAAAUUAAGCAACAGGAAGCCCCAGAGCCAAUGGUUAACCUACAAUUUGUGAAGAGUGAUUCGUAUGAGAAGGGCACCGAUCUGAUGGUGGUUAAUGUUUACAUGAAGGGGAUCUGCAGGGAAACAGCCAAGGUCAUCUUCAGGGAACAGGACUUCACCCUCAUCUUUCAGACAUGUGAUGCCAAUUUCCUGCGGCUUCAUUCAGACUGUGGGCCCAACACAGUUUUUAAGUGGCAAGUCAAACUCAGGAACCUAAUCCAGCCUGAGCAGUGCAGCUACUCGUUCACCCCGUCCCGGCUGGACAUCACCCUGAAGAAGAGACACAGCCAGCGCUGGGGGGGUCUGGAGGCCCCUGCCACACAAGGUGCAGUGGGUGGCGCCAAAGUUGCUGUGCCCUCAAGUCCUGCCUGCAUUGAGAAGAGCCAACCAGGCAGCAGCCAGCACAACCUCCCAGCCAAGGAGGAGCCUCCAAGGGUUGGGGAGGAGAAACCCAAGGCCUCGUCCAGAGUGGAGGAUGGUGGUUUGGAUAACGUGGCUUCUCGCACAGUCUCUGAGCAUGUUGCUAUUACCAAGCCAGAGCCAACGGUUACUACGCCUAAGCCUACCUGCAUGGUGCAGCCCAUGACACAUGCACCUCCUGCUAGCAAUGAGCGGCACGAGGAAGAGGAGGAGAAGAAGGUGUGCCUGCCUGGUUUUACAGGACUGGUCAACCUUGGCAACACCUGCUUCAUGAACAGUGUUAUCCAAUCCCUGUCCAACACCAGAGAACUCAGGGAUUACUUCCAUGAUCGAGCAUUUGAGGCAGAAAUCAACUGCAGUAAUCCGCUGGGAACAGGAGGCAGACUAGCCAUUGGCUUUGCAGUGCUGCUCAGGGCCCUUUGGAAAGGAACACACCAUGCCUUCCAACCCUCAAAGCUCAAGGCGAUUGUGGCCAGCAAAGCCAGUCAGUUUACAGGUUACGCCCAGCACGAUGCUCAGGAGUUCAUGGCUUUUUUGCUGGACGGGCUCCAUGAGGACUUGAACCGCAUCCAGAAUAAACCAUAUACAGAGACAGUUGACUCUGACGGACGUCUGGAUGAGGUGGUGGCAGAGGAGGCAUGGCAGAGGCAUAAGAUGAGGAACGACUCCUUUAUAGUUGAUCUUUUCCAAGGCCAGUUCAAAUCCAAGCUGGUUUGCCCCACAUGCUCCAAGGUGUCAAUCACCUUUGACCCCUUCCUCUACCUGCCAGUCCCAUUGCCUCAGAAACAAAAGGUGCUGUCAGUUUUCUACUUUGCUAAGGAACCACAUAAAAAACCUAUCAAGUUUUUGGUUAGUGUAAGCAAGGAGAACUCCAGCACUGCUGAAGUCCUGGAAUCCAUUUCCAGGAGCAUGAGGGUAAAACCAGAGAACUUGAGACUGGCAGAGGUUGGGAAGAACCGCUUCCAGCGCAUGUUCCUGCCGUCCCAUUCCCUGGACACGGUGUCCUCCUCUGACAUGCUGUUCUGCUUUGAGGUGCUCUCCAAAGACCUGGCCAAAGAGAGAGUGGUUUUGCUCCGAGUACAACAGAAACUCCAGGUCCCUAAUAUCCCCAUCUCAAAGUGCGCUGCCUGCCUGAAGCCUCCAGUUUCUGAGGAGGACAAGCUGAAGCGGUGCACUCGCUGCUAUCGUGUGGGCUACUGCAAUCAGGUAUGUCAGAGGACCCACUGGCCCAAUCACAAGGGUCUCUGUCGACCUAACACGGAGCAUGUGGGCCUGCCCUUCCUGGCCAGCGUGCCAGAGUCUCGACUCUCCUAUGCCCGCCUCACUCAGCUUCUAGAGGGUUACUCCAGAUUUUCCGUCAACGUGUUUCAGCCUCCUUUCCAGUCAGGCAGGACAUCCCCUGAGACAUCCCAGUGCAGAGCAGACCUCCCCCCAAUGCCUGCAGGCUCAUCUGAUGGUGUUGGAUCUGGUGAUGAAGCCAUGGGUGGGAGCAGUACUACAGUAGCAGGGGACGUGGAGUUGGAGAGCCCGUCUCUGCUGCCUGAAUCCCAGGCAGAGUACGGCCAGGCCUCAGCCCCCCCCUCUGUAGAAGCCCUCUCGUCCUCCCAGACCUCUCUCUCCACUACAAGAACCUCAGAUUCAGGAUUCUCUGAGCCAGUCACUACAACUUCCUGCUGCUCUCUGGACCCUCAUGCUGAAAAAGAGACGUCGUGUGAGAAGGCAGUGCGGCCAGAAGCUGCAGUAACAGGGUACCAGCACCCAAGUGAGACAGCAUCAGGUCAUGCCAGUCAGUUUUACAUCUCUCUGCUGGACUCUAACAACAAGGAACAGAGGCUGGAUGAGAAAGAGGACUUGCUCGCUGACCUCCCUGAAGACGUGACCUUGGAGCUGGUAUGGAAAAACAACGAACGCCUGAAGGAGUAUGUGCUGGUGAGCUCCAAGGAGCUGGACUACGAGGAGGACCCUGGCUCUCUGAGUGAGACAGCCAGGGCUGGUCACUUCACCCUGGAGCAGUGCCUCAACCUCUUCACCAAGCCUGAGGUGCUGGCACCAGAGGAGGCAUGGUACUGCCCAAAAUGCCAGCAGCACCGUGAGGCCUCCAAACAGCUCCUGCUGUGGCGUCUGCCAAACGUUCUGAUCAUCCAGCUCAAGCGCUUCUCCUUCAGGAGCUUCAUCUGGAGGGAUAAGAUCAAUGACAUGGUGGACUUCCCCGUCAGGAAUCUGGAUCUGAGUAAGUUCUGUAUAGGCCAGAAGGAUGAGAUGCAACAACCUCCUAUCUAUGACUUAUAUGCAGUCAUCAACCACUACGGUGGAAUGAUAGGUGGCCACUACACGGCCUACGCUCGCCUGCCAAGUGACAAGAACAGCCAGCGCAGUGAUGUUGGCUGGCGUCUGUUCGAUGACAGCACUGUGACAAUGGUGGAGGAGAGUCAGGUGGUGACGCGCUACGCCUACGUCUUGUUCUACCGGCGACGCAACUCCCCUGUGGAGAGGCCACCACGCUUCCUUCGGCCCGUUGGAGCAGAGUCGCCCACCGCUGCAGGAGCUACUGCCAGCCAGGCCUCUCUGAUAUGGCGGGAACUGGAGCAGGAAGAGGAGGGGCUUGACGAAGGCCCACGCAGACUGUUCCGCUCUGCGCUCUGGAGGCAGAAAACUCAGAGGAACAGUGAGGAGGAAGACAAAGAUAGAACAGAUGAGCCGGUGCGACGGCACCGCAGGCAGAGGAUGUCGGAGUAUCCCGACGAUGACUGUGUGCGAUACUUUGUUCUGGGCACGCUGACCGCAGUCCUGGCUCUGUUAGUCAAUCUGGUCUACCCUCUUCUUUACAAAGCCAAUUGAUCCUGAGCUGUGGCCACGGUGGUCCCAGUUAUGAAUGUGAGGUUAGAUAUAAACUGAUGAGGAGGAAGUUAAAGCCAACAGGAAGUAAAGUGGUUCUUCAUUUUAUCCAAUACUCUAACUCAACCCUUUAAAAUACUUUUUGCAGCUACUUCACACAGUAGAGUGUUGUCUGAAGAAACUCCCGUAGUCAAAGCUGCAGUAGUGUUAUUCUAUCAGCACAGUACUGGUGCAUUGAUAGUAAACUACUGUGACUCGGUGCGUUGUUUUGACUCUUGCAUCCAGCGAACAUGUACUUUCCAACAAGCCUGUAAUUUUAAGAACCAUAUUUUUUGUGAAAGAGCUCCCGUUCACUGUCUAACUUGCAAUCAGAAAUGUAUAAUGCAAGGUUCUGUUACUAGAACAUUUCUGAAGGUCUAGUAUUGCAAGUUAGACAAUGUGUGUGGGAGCUCUAUCACAAGUUUAGACUUACUCGCACCCUGCCCGCAAAAUGGAUGUGCAAAGUGUUUUUUAGUUUCAGAAUCAAAUUUUUAACAGUAGUUAAUUGUCAGUUGACAAUCAGCUCAUCUACAACCUUUAUAAAUUAACUUUAUUGUGAAUCUGUUCUUAAUUAACUUUGAAAAAAUAGUUUGACAAAAUCUUCAGUGAAGAGACAGAAAAAACUGAAUAAGAUGCGGUUGAAAACUCAGGAAAAUGUUAGUAAGUAGGUAUUUAAGUUUCAAUUCUUCCUAUUUUUCUUUAGAAAAGCUGUGUAGUUGUAUAUUUAUGUGUGAAAUACAUAUUAGCUAAAUGUAAUCACAUAUAUUUCCUGUGCAAUAGUAAAGUUACUCUUGAAAGCGACACACAAAGCCAUAAUUAAAGGCCUUUAGUUUUCAUUGCACAACACUGCAGAGGAUUGUGGAUGAUUGUGAGACAGACAAAUGGAUUAUGUCAGAACUUCUGUCUUUUUAAAUAUGCUGUAUCAAUUUAUUUGUGUGACAAAAUGCUGUCACAAUUUUUCCUACAUUUAACACACGUUUAAGUUUCAGCCUAAAAUGUUUUCUUAAUGUCCAGACAUCAUGUUAUUGAUAACCUGUUCCAAACUGUGUUUUUUUGGUUUUUAUUGAAAAUUUUGUUCCGAUCUGUUCUUAGUUGCUUUUAUUGAGAUAUUUCAAGCAAUAGACUGGUGAGGGGGAUUUUAAAGUUCUCGUGAUGAAUGGUUAACAUGAUGAUGCAGUUUGUUCACAGUCAAGAAACAUGGAGCUACCGUCCACUUCUGAAUGUAACCUUUUUACUAUAUGUUGCCUUGUUUUGAGUGGGAAGCUUCAUAGGUUUUCAUUGUGGACAUAGUUACACCUGUCGCUUAAGCUGCUUUCAGACAUGCACUGAACUCUGAAUCAUUUUCCGACAUUUUCCGAAUGGGGUUGUUUGUGAAUGGGGUUGUUUGUGAUAAUGCAAAUUUGAGAGGGACAAGACUUUCUCCAGAGUUUUUCCUGCCAGUCCCUAAUAAAGACUCUAUAUAAGCUGAUGUGAGAACAAAGCAGGAGCGGGUGUGUUGUUGAUGUUUCUAACAUGCAACACAGACAAAUGGAAAAAAAUAGGUCACAUGCACACAGAGGAUGUAGAUGUCUAGAGAGUUUUGGUGAUAAGAGCCAACGCUGGUGUAAAUGAAUUAAUAUGUUAAAUCCUGCUCCUCACCUGAACGCUCCAGAGAUGUCUGUGUUGUUUUUAACGCAUCUCACAGAGAAUCCCCUGCUGCGUUUUUAAUGUGUGAAAUACAAACUCUUGAGAGAGUCCGGACAAAUGUGGUGUUAUGUGGAGUUCCUGUCUGAAAACGGCUUUACAAACUAUGUCAAUACUGUCUUCUUGAAAUACUCUGCUGUGUGAUUGUUAUUAGCGGCUUUUGUUUUAAUUUGCAAUCUCCAAAAGGCGUUUCUUAUUUACUGCAUACGCCAGCCUAAGAAUGUACAGGGUUUUUUUCUCUUAAUGUUUCACACUUGCUCAAACUCUAAACUGUCUAUAACUGAUGUCUUUUCUCUGCAGUCUUUGCAAGUGAGUAUUUAGGUCUCAGGGAAAUCUCAGCUCACUUCUGGUAUCUCCACUGUGUAGAGCUACCUGUGUUUGCCUUAAAUGCUCAGCAUAGCACCAUCUUUGUAUUCUUGACUUGGAUAUAUGCAAGACUGAGGUCCAUCUUAGGCAUGUGCUUAAUAUACACUACUGUUGUGAUAAACUUAAAAGUAUGAAACAGCAGUAAAGAACAGAUCUACUAGUCAUCCUAGAUUUUAGGAGCUUUUAGAACAUCUGUCGUUUGUCACUCAAUAUCAAUGGACCUGACUGAAGGAUAAAACUACAUAUUAAGUAUUCAAUAUAGUCUGUUGUAUGAUGUUAGUGCAACAAAUAAUGUAUUUUAUGAGGAAAUAAUCUCUUACAAGUCUAUAAUAUACUUUUAAAUCGAUAUGUUGUUCAUAAAAUCAUUGCGAGUACUGUAUUCAAAAGAAAAUUGUAACCUACCUAAUUUCCCUGCAAUAAUGUAUCUAGAUACCUCUCAUCUAAAUGCUGCUUUCGAAUACAUAAAGCAUUGUGCUCCUUUUGGAAAUAAAAUCUCCAUCUGUU